CACUGGUGCGCACACUAGUACAAAGACCUUUGUGCAAAAUCAACUUGAUAGGACACAGACCCAGUCUACGCUGCCGCAAUCUCCAUAAACGGGCUAUCGCUGUGAGGAGCUCGAUAAACUAAAGCUCCUAACAGAUCUGACGGUAUCGGCAUAAACGUAAACACAGGUGAUGCGGGAUCGCUGACGACCAAAGAUUUUCCCCAAACUGACUUGAAGGGGCGAGAUAUUAUCUGUGAAGACUGGACAGUGAUGACUACACUAAGAGUCCUUACCCUCAACUGCUGGGGCGUCUUUAUCCCAGGUACUGUGAAGUAUCGGCGUGAGCGUAUCGAGGCCAUUGGAGAGGAAAUUUCUCAAAAACAUUAUGACAUUGUGGUACUAUGUGAGGUAUGGUUGAAGAGUGACUACAAGCGUCUCUGUCAAAGACUUAUUCCCAGAAUGCCACAUUCCCACUAUUUUUACAGUGGCGCCAUCGGCAGCGUGUGUAUGUUCUCCAUCCACCCCAUCAUCGAGACUGUCUUCCAACAGUUUUCUCUCAAUGGCUUUGCUCACAAGUUCUACCAUGGCGACUGGUUUGGGGGGAAAGGCGUGGGACUUUGCAAGUUCAACGUGAAUGGCCUGACAGUCAAUGUGUAUGGCUCACAUUUCCAUGCGGAGUACCGACAUGACAACGACGAGUAUCUGGCUCACCGUGUCGCCCAGGCCUUCCAGAUCAGCCAGUUUGUGAGGCUGACAUCGGAGUCAUGUGACCUGGUGCUGCUUGGGGGCGACCUGAAUGUGGAGCCAGUGGACCUGGGAUACAAGCUGAUCCGUACAAAUGCCCCUGUGUGUGACUGCUGGCUGGACAAGAAGCGGACAUCAGGAUAUGAGCACGGCAACACAGAUGAGGUCCCUAGCAACAGCUUCUCCAACCCACAGCCAGGCUACCCUGAUGGGAAGCGGAUCGACUACUGGUUUUACAGACCUGGUCCAAAUUUCAGUGUGAGUGUAGAGGAGUGCAGCGUCAUCAUGAACAAGAUCCCUGGGCGCACCUACAACUUCUCCGACCACGAGGCAGUGCUGGCCGUGCUGCGGAUACAGAAGGGGGACUCUACAGAUUCUGCCGACUCACGGGAUGCCAGACUGUCAGAGAGAGACAAUCUUCUGGGGACGGCGCUGACAGAACUAGAGCGGGGACAGAAACAGACAGAAAGUGACCAGAGUUUCUUCCAGAUCCAGGCGCUGGUGCUGGGUGUCCUCCUGUACCUGCUGGAGAUGUCGGGAGGUCUUGUACCCUCAGCUCCGCUAAUCCUCUCUCUAGUCAAGCUACUGCUAGUCAUCGCCAUAGCUGUUUGUGCAUGGACAGGAUUCAUUGUAAAGAGAAUCGAGGUACACGGGUUGCAGACAGUCGCCGCUGACAUCGUCAACCUCAUCGAGAGUUCCGCUCGGUCGAAGGUGAAGAUCACAGAACCUGAUGUUGUGACGUGAAUGGAUGCCUGGAGACGGUACAGGUGAUAGUUCUACACGAGGGACAAAGUCCACAGGGACGUGUCACAGCACAGGAGAGGGAUCAUCGGGUUGGGGGACUCAAGUUCUAUUUAGUUAUUUUACGUUGCUUUCCAGGCAUCUCCGGUUGGGAAUUGUUGUCGAAUUCACGCUGUGUUAAUGGCUGCAGACACUAACUACAUGACCCUCUGUUACUUAUUACAGUUUGCAUGAGGAACCAAAAUCAUGUUGAGGCCAGACCAAUUUUAUUCCUUGUUUUAAGGAUCCGCCGGUCGUAUCUUUUCAAGAAUAAGAAAAAAAAUAAUAAUUAAUCUUCCCCACUCAAAACAUAAAAUCCUAAUGUUUUUAUUGACCA